AUGAGUUUAAAAGAUGCCUUUAACGCGUACACAAAGGGGGCGGAUGAGAUGGAUGGCCGUACAUUCACGAAAAUUCUACGAGAUUGCAAAAUUCUGGAUUCAAAGGUAACAGGAGUUGAUGCAGAUUUAAUAUUCACAAAGGUAAAGGCAAAAGGAGCAAAAAAAAUAACAUUUGCUGAGUUUGAGGAGGCGCUGCGAUUAGUAGCAGCGAAGAAAGGUGUUGAAGUUGAAGCUCUGCAUGCAAAGCUUGCUGAAGAAGGAACACAAGGGCCUAUCUUAACAGGAACAAAAGCAGAUAAUGUUCGCUUUCAUGAUGAUAAGAGUACGUACACUGGAGUGCAUAAAAUGGGUGGCCCAACGACAGUAGACGACGGAAGAGUGCAGUUCAAUGACUUGUCGAAAAUAUGCGAUCGAUCUGAAUAUGAUGUUAGAGGAGUUAAAAAGGGAAUCAUUGAAAACAAAACAGGAGACAGCAAAUAA